AUGGGAAGAAGAACCAGGCCAAAAGCCCACUGUUCAUGCAGUCAGAGAGCUUUGCACCUUGGGCCAGCUCAAAGGCCAUCCUCCACCACUGAGUUGGAGACAUGGACCCUUCCCUUCAUCUUUAGAGGAUGCUCACAGGGAAUCUCAUUUAUGAGACUCAUUUAUGUGUGGCUGGAGAAGACCCAGAGAAAGAAGUUUGAGAAAGAGGUCCCAGUUGAAAGGAAACUGCAUGCAGGUGUAGUACAUAAGGAUCUAGUUAAAUUUUGGAAAAUCAUUACCACUCCAGAGAAUUUGAAUUGCCUUAGAAGAAGCCAUACACUCUCCCAGAGUUCCCCAAGAGGACUAAACCACAUGGGCUUGCCAGAGCACACACCUGGUACUGCCAUCCCUGAUGAAGCUCUGGACACAGCCAUCCAUGCACAGGAGGCAAGGAGUGAGGACGACCUGUAUGAAGAUGUGUGCAGAUCCAGUCACUACUAUAGCCACCCUGGUGGGGGCGGUGAACAGCUAGCCAUCAAUGAGCUGAUCAGUGAUGGCAGCGUGGUCUGUGCUGAAGCACUCUGGGAUCAUGUCGCCAUGGAUGAGCAAGAACUGGGCUUCAAAGCUGGGGAUAUCAUCGAAGUGAUGGACGCCACCAACAGAGAGUGGUGGUGGGGUCGCAUCACAGACGGCGAGGGGUGGUUUCCAGCCACCUUUGUACGGCUGCGGGUGAACCAGGAUGAGCCCGCAGACGAGAACAAGGCCUUUUGGGCUAGGAACGAUAGCAGGGUUGCAGACGGCAAGGCUGAGGACUGCAGCUUAGUGCAGAGCAGCAAAGACCAGAUGCGCACCAACGUCAUUAACGAGAUCCUCAGCACCGAGAGGGACUACAUCAAGCACCUGCGUGACAUUUGCGAGAUGAGGGGCUACAUUAGGCAGUGCCGCAAGCGUGCAGACUUGUUCAGCGAGAACCAAGUCCGCACCAUUUUUGGGAAUAUCGAGGACAUCUACCGAUGCCAGAAGGCCUUCAUCAAGGCCCUGGAGCAGAAAUUCAAUGGCGAGCACCCGCACCUGAGUGAACUGGGCUCCGGCUUCCUGGAGCAUCAAGCUGACUUCCAGAUCUACUCAGAGUAUUGCAACAAUCACCCCAAUGCCAGUGUAGAGCUCUCUCGGCUUGCCAAGCUCAGCAAGUAUGUGUACUUCUUCGAGGCCUGCCGGCUGCUCCAGAGGAUGAUUGACAUCUCCCUGGAUGGCUUCCUGCUGACACCAGUACAGAAGAUCUGCAAGUACCCUCUGCAGCUGGCUGAGCUGCUCAAAUACACACCCCCCCAGCACAGGGAUUUCAAGGACGUGGAAGCUGCCUUACACGCCAUGAAAAACGUGGCCCAGCUCAUUAACGAAAGGAAACAAAGACUGGAAAAUAUCGACAAGAUUGCCCGGUGGCAGAGCUCCAUAGAGGACUGGGAGGGGGAAGACCUCUUGGUCAGGAGUUCGGAACUCAUCUACUCGGGAGAGCUGACAUGCAUUAUGCAUCCUCAGGCCAAGAGCCAUCAGAGAAUGUUUUUCCUCUUUGACCACCAGCUCAUCUACUCUAAGAAGGACCUACUCCGCCGUGAUGUGGACAUGGACUGCCUGGAGGUCGUGGAUGUGGAAGAUGGGAAGGACAGAGACCUCCAUAUGAAUAUUAAGAAUGCCUUCAGGCUGUGCUGUAGCACCACAGGAGAGAACCACCUGCUAUGUACCAGGAAGCCUGAGCAGAAGCAGUGCUGGCUCAAGGCCUUGCUCAGUGAGAGGGAGCAAGUACGGAUCGACAAGGAGACAGGCUUCUCCAUCACCGAGCUACAGCGGAAGCAGGCCAUGCUGAAUGCCAGCAAGCAACAAACUGCCGAGAAACUUAAAGCCACCAGGCAGCCCUACUACUCAACACACCAGAAGCACCCAGCACGGCCUGCUAGCCUACCCCAGCAGCAAGUCUUGGUGCUGGCAGAGCCCGCGGAAGCCUUCUACCUUCUGGCACAGCAUCAGCCGACUGGCACCAUUCCGAAAGUGACCCUCACAAACUGA